GUUUUUAGCAACACACAAAAUAAUAUAUUAGUGUAAAAUGUUCGGCAGGUCUUCAGGUUUUGACUAUGAGAGUCUACCACAGAGAGACCACGGUAACAGUCCGGGACUGUUCACGUCUCCAUUCGGACAGUCUCAGUUUAAUAGCGGACACUCCUUCGAUUAUGUUCCUAAAAUCAAAAACAACGACUUUACUGAUAAAACACAAGGAUUCAUAUCAUGGCUGUGCAACCUGAUUGUAACAUCUUUGGUUUUUCUCUGCACGCUCAUUACGUUCCCCAUAUCUGCAUGGUUUGUUUUAAAAACAGUGCCGAACUACGAGAGAAUUGUCGUAUUUCGACUGGGUCGUAUCCGCCCUCCCAAGGGUCCAGGAGUUGUUCUUGUGCUUCCAUUUAUUGAUCAAUGGCAAAAAGUGGACCUAAGAACCAGGGCGUUUAACAUCCCACCAUGCAGGGUGACCACUAAGGAUGGUGGACUGGUUUCUGUCGGCGCAGACAUUCAGUUUCGAAUCUGGAAUCCGGUGAUGUCUGUGGUGGCAGUGCAGGAUCUAAAUGCUUCCACACGCCUUACUGCACAGAAUGCUAUGACCCAGAGCUUGGGCAAACGGACUGUGAGAGAGAUACAGACAGAGAGAGUUAAACUUGGUGAGCACCUUGGGAUGGACAUAAAUGAGCUGACCAAGUCAUGGGGGUUGGAGGUAGACCGAGUAGAACUGACCUUGGAAAGUGUACUUCGAAGUGCAGAUGAGCCUCACUCAGGGUCGUUCAUUAUGCCUCCUUCUGUUCCUGGCCUUGAAAGCCUCACAGGGCCCAUACAACAGCUCGCCAUGCACUUUCUGCAAAAUGCAGCAGCCUCCCAAUCUGCCAAAGAUACAGUAAACUACACUGACGAGGUGAGUCCAGAGGCUGCAGUGACUGAAAGCAGAAGGGGGUUAGAGGAGCUCCUGGAAGCAGUGAGGGGGGUGCUGUCUGAAAGUUUGGUUCAACAAAUAGGAGCAUGUUUCCAGUUUCACAUCAGCACCAGUACUGACCAGACCAAAAGCUACUAUGUGGAUCUGACUCAGAACAGUGGAGCAUGCAGUGCAGGUGAGGCCAGGCAACCGGAUGUGACUCUGAAUAUGAGCGAGCAGGAUCUAAUGGCCAUGUUUGAAGGCACUUUGCGGCCAUUUGCUGCUUACAGCACUGGCAGACUGAGGGUGCAGGGGGACCUGAACACUGCCAUGAAACUCGAAACACUCAUUAGACUCCUCAAGCCUCUCUGAGAACUGAACUUAUUUUAUUAAAAAUAGUGUGAUAAAGUGGCAUCUGCAUUAUUAAUGGACAAAAUGGACAAAGUCAAGUGGGGCUUUAAUAAUCACAACUUUGUUAACAUGUAACCAUAAAUAAUGCUGCUUGCUGUGUGUGUAUUUAUUUUAAGCAAAUUUAGCUUUGUUAUUACAGAGUGACUAUGGAUCAGUGCUUGGAACAGAGGUUUUUACAUGUGAAGGUUAUAAAGUACAAUGUACAAAACUUCUGUGUAUAUAAAAUAAAAUUGAAAUAAAAUUUUA